UUCAAAACAUAGUCGGACUUGCCGCUAGCAAGAUUGCUCAAAAAGUUCCCCUGUGUAUCAUCAGUUUUACAGUUAUGAAUCGUUGUCAUAUAGACGAUCUUUGUGACGGCGUUGGCCAAUGAAACUACUCAGGGGUGUGGAUUUCCGGCAGGCUCGUGCGGUCACGGUGCAGAGUGGGCGUUUAACCAGUCUUCUUUUUCUGCUCAUACAUGACUUCACGAUCAACGUUUCACAAGUUGAGCAACUUCAAAUCGUGAAAUUUCCAGUCCCAGUCGGCAGACCAAGAUGACGGAAAGCUCCGCGAACAAGCUGCUAAACGGAGACGCCUGUCACCGGACCACAAAUGGUAGGAAAUCGACUAAAAAUGGCUUCGUGAAGAACCAUUGCCUGUUUCAACAGCAACAGAAGUAUCGUCGUCCCAGGGGGAAGAACCAAAAUGUCUCACACAACUCCAGCCUGUACAAGAAGCCCUUUUUGGAAUCGUUUGAGGAGACUCCUCUACUGGUGGCCGUGCUCACCUACAUGGGCUACGGCAUCCUCACCAUCUUUGGCUACCUUCGAGACUUCCUUCGCAACUGGAACAUCGAGAACUGCCACGUGGCUCAGGAGCGAGAGGAGCAGAAGGAUUUUGUCCCCCUCUAUCAGGACUUUGAGAACUUUUACACCAGGAACUUGUACAUGAGGAUUCGAGACAACUGGAACCGACCCAUCUGUAGUGUCCCCGGUGCUAAGAUGGACCUAGUGGAGAGAGUUUCCCAUGACUACAAUUGGACCUUUGAGCACACAGGCAAAGUGGUGAAGAACGUCAUCAACAUGGGCUCAUACAACUACCUCGGCUUUGCUGAGAACACGGGGGCUUGUGCCGAUGCUGCUAUCGAGUCCACACGAAAGUAUGGCGUUGGAGUGGGCAGCACUCGCUGUGAGAUGGGGAACCUAGACAUCCAUGAGGAGCUGGAGCAGUUGGUUGCCAGGUUCCUGGGUGUUGAGUCAUCUAUGGCUUUUGGCAUGGGCUUCGCAACCAACUCCAUGAACAUUCCUGCUCUCACUGGGAAGGGUUGUCUUAUUCUGAGCGACGAGCUGAAUCAUGCGUCACUGGUGCUGGGUGCCCGCCUGUCUGGCUCUACAAUUCGGGUCUACAAACACAACAACAUGCAAAGCCUGGAGAAGCUGCUGAGAGAUGCUAUUGUGCACGGACAGCCGAGAACCCACCGACCCUGGAAGAAAAUUCUCAUUGUGGUGGAGGGCAUAUACAGUAUGGAGGGGUCCAUUGUGCGUCUGCCAGAGGUCAUUGCUCUGAAGAAGCGCUACAAGGCGUAUCUGUACCUGGAUGAGGCCCACAGUAUCGGGGCCCUGGGACCUAAUGGUAGAGGAGUGGUGGACUACUUUGACCUGGAUCCAAAAGAUGUCGACAUCAUGAUGGGAACAUUCACCAAAAGCUUUGGUGCUGCCGGAGGAUACAUUGGAGGCAAAAAGGAGCUGAUCGACUACCUGCGGCGCCACUCCCAUAGCGCCCUGUACGCCACCUCCAUGUCCCCUCCUGUGGCCCAGCAGAUAAUCACCUCUAUGAAGAUCAUCAUGGGCGAGGACGGGACAACACUGGGUGCUGAACGCCUGAGACAGCUCUCAAAGAACACCAUCUACUUCCGCAGGAAACUCCACGACAUGGGCUUCAUCAUCUAUGGCAACGAUGACUCGCCCGUAGUACCCAUGAUGCUCUAUAUGCCUGCUAAAAUUGGGGCAUUUGGUCGGGAGAUGUUGAAGAGGAACAUAGGCACAGUGGUCGUCGGAUUCCCAGCAACACCCAUCAUCGAGUCGAGGGCACGUUUCUGUGUUUCGGCUGCCCAUACCAGAGAGAUGCUUGACACAGCGUUGGAGGCCAUCAGUGAAGUGGGCGACCUGCUGCAGCUGAAGUACUCCAGACGUGAACAGCCUCUACCCUCGCUUGGGUGGGUGGCUGAGGAGAGCCUGCUUCAGGACUGAGCCACAUCAUCCGCUUUCCUGUCAUAUCAAACCUCUGGAUGAUAAUCAAUCACUGUCAUUCGCUUACUUUUCCUUUUCUUGGCUGAUAUCCCUUUUUGUUAUUUGGUUUUUUUUUUGUCGCUCUUCCUCUGAGCCAGUCUCUCCACCCCACUUCGCCAUAUCUCCUAUUACACUCCCUUGGACUCAAACCAAAGUCCACCCUGUUUUGAAACCUGCACACUGGCAUUACUCAUUAGCCUGGGUGCAGUCAGGACCUGUGCAGCUGGUUUCUCCCAUAGUAGGGGAAGACCAAAAUUACCCACAUUUCUGUAUGUGUCCGCUGUAACCAAUUGCAUUCAGAGCCUUUUUUAGUUUGUCCUAACUUAUUGUGAAUGCAUCGGUCUAACGUCAAGUCUUAUUCCUGUGUGCACAUUAUAUGUGUAUUUUUUGUUUUGUGCAAUAAUAACAAUGUGGACUUUUUUUGUAAUUCAAACAACCUAUUGCAAAGUAGACAGAUCUUUGUCAAGAGUUCCUACUUGUGUGCUUGAAGAAAAAGAAAUCUGAUCACAGCCGUUUUGCUAUGAUGAACACACAAGGAAAAAAUUAAAUAUGUAAAUAUUAUUUAUCCCGAAGUUGGUGAUUGCCUUAGCAUCCCAAACCUCAAUAAGAGAUACAUUACUUCACAGGAGUAACAUUAGCAUGUUGACUCUAUAUGUAUUUAUCUGAAGGCUUGUUUUUCUAAUCACUUUUACUUGAAUAGAGUAUAGAAUAUUGGGUUCUUUCCCUAACCAAAGGAUAUACUGUAUAUGUAUAGAUAUGUUUUCUACCUUUUCUCUUAAAAUGUAAAGCAGAUGUUCCAAAAGAGUGAAAACAGAGCAGGGAAAGAAUCCCAGGGAGCAAGACGAAGGAAUAUUUUUUACAGCUUAUUUUCUAGAAAUAUAUUUCAGCCUUAUUUACUGUUUACACCUGCACUCAAAAACUUGAGCACAGUCUCUUUAACAUUUCUAUAAGCUAAUGAGCUACAUGUGAUUUAUUUUUAUUUUUCUUCUGCUAAGUCCUUCUCACUCAAGUGCUUUCAUGUGAAUCAGCGCCGACACAGAUCUGUGAGCACGAUGACACGCUGUAACUGAGAUCUGUAUGUAUGACGAUGAUGCUCCAGUGCUUAUCUGAUAUACAGACGGCUUUAUUUAAAAUGUCUUAGUCACCGCUCAGCUAUCUUCUUUUUGUGAAAAAACUAUUAUCUGAAAGGCAGCUCCGUGUGUGUGUGUGUGUGUGUGUGUGUGUGUGUGUGUGUGUGUGUGUGUGUGUUUAACGGACUACUUACACGUCUUAAAUUCAGUGCUAGCACUACUGACAGGCAUUGUAUAUGUACAGAUGACGUAGUGAAGAGUUGCAAGAUUUGUUUGGGUAUGCUUCAGAUAUCAUCAUUAUCAUAAUUUACGUGGUCAUCUUCUGGAAUGACAUUCCAUUUCAACCUGCUUUCAGUGUCAAGUGUUUGUUUUGUUUUACUGUUUUCAUCAAGCCUUUUGUGUGUGAGGUCACCACAAAAGUGGCAUACAUGUACGACGUACAUUCAUACCUGUUCGUGUGUGUUUAUGUUCCAUCACUUAAUUGAUGUGAAUUGGAGGCCGCAUCAGUGUACCCAGUUGGAAAGCUGGCCAUUGUCUGACAAUGUGACCAUUCCCAUAAUUGUUCAUCAAAGUGAUUCAAGUGUUGAAAUGCUUCUGUUGGUGUGUUUGGCAUUUUAGUGCAGAAUGACAACCUUUUUGGGGUCUCUUAACUGUACAUCCAUUAGACUUCAAUUGCAUUGUUCUUUGAAUGAGUCAUUCCAAUAUUUGUUUAUUUUCUACAGAACAUGGAUUGAAUAACAACUCAGUGAUGCAUUUGCUUUUAAUAAAUAUAAUAUACCAGGUGGAACACACGACUAUGAUCUGGAAUUGCACUCUUCAGCUCUGACAUGAAACAUUUUCUUCUCGUCAAAGUUUCCUCUCAAGCUGUCUGCAGCACCACGCAGUUUGUUAAGGCUCUACGUUUCUGUCUAUGGAGGCAAAAAUGUAAUUGCAAACAGCAACAUUACUUUCUCUCAGCCAGGUUUCCCUCACUGAAACUGAGGAAUUAAAGUCAAGAGAUUGUUAAAAUGUUUGAGUUGCUUGGAAGCCUUUGAUGUAAUGUGACAUUUCCUACCACACAUACCUGCGGACUGACCUGCAGUGACCAUUGCAACUUUCUUAGUAGUUGCUUUCACCCUUGUAAUUGUAUUUUGGUUGAAGAUAAACCACUAAAGAGGAGUUUGUAAAGCCAUGAUGUUUGUUGACCAUGCUGUUAAACAGUGCUGAUUAAAUGACUUUAUUUGUAUCAAA